AUAAGAUCGGCUGUGUCAGUGGGUCACAUCUGCUGUUUCAUGUGACAUGUGUUGUCAAAGGUGGUGUGGAGAAAUGCUGUGUCAAUGCGUUUUGUGUCACUGUGUGUUUGUGUAUUUCUCUGUACAUGUGGUGUUUGUGUGACCAGCAGCGUGCGGCUGUUGUACACGGCGCUCACAUGUGGUUUGUCUGUCAGAGGCGAUGCUGCGUGUUUCUCUGUACACGUGACAUUUGGGCAUCGGGUCCACUCCUCCUCCCCUCGGCCUCAUUCUGGGCGGUGUCCUGUGGGAUGCCCGAGAAUAUACCAGAAUGCCUUACUGUAGGCACGUGCUGCUGGGGUUUCCGUGUGUGUGCGGCUAUUCACUGGAGGUCUCUGCCUGCGUCCAUUCAUACUGUUCUCUGACUAUACACGUGAAUGGCACUGUGUACUGGGGUAUGUUGUGUGUGACACGGGGUGAAUCUGUGUGUGGUAACUCAUUCCAUGAGCGAAGAUGCUCGAGUCGCCAUGUGCAUGACGCGUGUCCAUGUGCAUCUGUCCAUGUGCUGGGUGAUUGGGGACUACUGCGGGGGUGUCCCUAAAUAUUGUGUAUCUGCACAUGUCAGGUGUGUAAUGCUUUGAGACCCUGUGAGCGCAUUUUUUCAUAGAUAUGUUGUGUGUGGCAUUUAGCUUCACUAUGUCAGUACAUAUUGUGUUGGUGGAAGACUUGCUAUGUGUUGUGUUUGUGUAGCUAUGGGUGGAUGGCACCCGGUGUGUGGCAUCUUGGAGUGGCUGUUUGGAUCAGAGAAUGUUGUGCCCAUUUGACUGCAAUGUUUGUGCCCGUGUGUGGACAAUAUCUGGGUGGCUGUGUGUGCCACGGAGCACAGCCUGCCUUGCUGAGUGCCGGCGUGUGUCACAUCAUAUGUGUGGUGUCUGGGUGUGGCUGUGGGUUUCAGAGCUUGUCGGGAGUUGUGAGUCACUCGGUGUAGGUUGUGUUGUGUGCUCAUGUGUGUUAGGUUCUGUCUCCGGCCAGGCUGUGUGUGAGGGUGUCCCAUGGUGUCUGGGUGUGGCUAAGUGUAGUGUGUAUUACACAGUACAGACCGUUGUGUGUGACCAUUGUGUGUCAGUGUCUUUACCCACGUGGAUGCACGCCUCUUCCUUGCUCUGCCUCAAGACACACCCCAGCCCCUCCUUAGUCUGAGAAGGGGGGCUGAGGAGCCUCCCCUCUGCCCAGGGGCCUCCCCAGCCCCUCCCUGCCCUGCCCAGCCGUCACCACCCCCAGAGGGCACAGACUCCACUGUGCCUCAAAGCAAGAGCCCCAGAGCAACCGAGUGGAGCAGGCCGACAACCUGCAAGCCACAGUGGCUGCUCUUUGCGUGCUGCGAGGUAGGGGACCCUGGGCAGGAAGCUGGCUGAGCCCCAAGACCCCGGGGGCCAUGGGCGGGGAGUUGGUGCCUGGCCUGGGGGCCCUACGGCGGCGAAAGCGCCUGCUGGAGCAGGAGACGUGGCUGGCCGGCUGGUCAGUGACGCUGGCAGGAAUUGGCAUCGGACUCAUGGUACUACACGCGGAGCUGCUGUGGUUCGGAGGGUGCCCGUGGGCGCUCUAUCUGUUCCUGGUUAAAUGCACCAUCAGCAUUUCCACCUUCUUGCUCCUUUGCCUCAUCGUGGCCUUUCACGCCAAAGAGGUCCAGCUGUUCAUGACGGACAACGGGCUCCGGGACUGGCGCGUGGCGCUGACCCGGCGGCAGGCGGCGCAGAUCUUGCUGGAGCUGGCGGUGUGCGGGCUGCACCCGGCGCCAGUGCGGGGCCCGCCGUGUGCGCAGGGUUCUAGGACCCCGCGGAUCGCGACGCAGUCCUGGCCGGGCUUCCUGAGCCAGGGGGAGGCGCUGCUGUCGCUGGCCAUGCUGCUGCGCCUCUACCUCGUGCCCCGGGCCGUGCUCCUGCACAGCGGCGUACUGCUCAACGCGUCGUACCGCAGCAUCGGCGCCCUCAACCAGGUCCGCUUCCGCCACUGGUUCGUGGCCAAGCUGUACAUGACCACGCACCCAGGCCGCCUGCUGCUCUGCCUCACGCUUGGCCUCUGGCUCACCACCGCCUGGGUGCUGUCGGUGGCCGAGAGGCAGACUGUUAAUGCCACUGGACACCUUUCCGACACGCUCUGGCUGAUCCCCAUCACGUUCCUGACCAUCGGCUACGGGGACGUGGUGCCCAGCACCAUGUGGGGCAAGAUUGUCUGCCUCUGCACCGGGGUCAUGGGGGUCUGCUGCACUGCCCUGCUGGUGGCCGUGGUGGCUCGGAAGCUGGAGUUUAAUAAGGCUGAGAAGCACGUGCACAACUUCAUGAUGGACAUCCAGUAUGCCAAAGAGAUGAAGGAGUCGGCUGCCCGAGUGCUGCAAGAGGCCUGGAUGUUCUACAAACACACUCGCAGGAAGGACUCUAGAGCUGCCCGCAGGCACCAGCGCAAGCUGCUGGCCGCCAUCCACACGUUCCGCCAGGUGCGGCUGAAACACCGAAAGCUCCGGGAACAAGUGAACUCCAUGGUGGACAUCUCUAAGAUGCACAUGAUCCUGUGUGACUUGCAACUGGGUCUGAGCAGCUCACACCAGGCCCUGGAGAAGCGGAUUGACGCACUGGCAGGAAAGCUGGACACCUUGACCGAGCUGCUUAGUACUGCCCUGGGGCCACAGCAGCUUCCAGAACCCAGCCAGGAGGCCACGUAACUGGACCCACGAAGGAAGAACCAGGCUAUUUUUCCCAGGAUCGAGGUCAAGGACAUUCUCCCUGCUACUCCUGACCCAGCCCCAUGAAUAAAGCACCUCAAGUGCAAGGACCUAAGGGGGCCCCCACCUUAGGGUGGGCUGACUUGCUGAGGCUGCUGGAAGGGACACUAGCUGAAGGAGGGAGGCCGUGACCCACCCCUGAGGCCCCAAAUAGGAAACCGAUCACCACUACCCCUCACCGUGCUGCUACAGAUGACCUCCACCUUUCAGUUAGAAGUGGAGGUUCCUGGGGGCUGGGACAGCUGGGGCCCAGAGUCCCUGAUCCCCGGUGCUUCAGUUACCGCUGGACGGUUGAGCUGAAGGAUCCAGGCUUGCGGCUGGGACAAGGCAGGAGGUGGCGCCCCCUGGUGGGAGAGCAAGAGAACACCCGUUUUUCCAGAGUUGCAGAGAAUAUCCUCAGGAGGAGGUGGUGAGAGCCGGGAGGAGAUGAAAAGGGUGGCGCAGCUCACCAGUCUCUGCUCUACUUUGUAAUAAAGGUUAAACAAGGACAGAAGUUGCUGUUUCUUCUAAACAUAUAUCCACACUCCAAACAGGCAGGUCAUCCCGUGGAAGGCCCUUACCCUGCCCGUCUGAAGCUGUUUCCCCAUCUAUAAAACACAGGCCUCCAGUAAGUGCCCUCCCAGGUCUAUAGGCUGGGGCGUCCUCAACAACUCCCCCCGCCCCAGAUCUGAGAGCAAAGGCUUCGAAUUCUGGCAGAUCCUGGCUCUGCCAUUCACUGGCUGUGUGAUUUGGGGCCAGU